AUGGUGCUCAAAUUAGGGCUGGCUCUGGUUCACAUCGCCAGGCACACGAUCUCUUACUUCGACUCCCUGAGCCUUCCUGUACCUGAUCUGCUGGGAUGGAGGCUUACAGAGUUUCUGUCAGCCGAGAUUGCAGCUCCGCCAGGCGAUUGGCAGCUGCAAGUGGACAACCGAUUGCCGCAGCAGGAAAACUGGUCGGACUGCGGCGUCUUUGUGCUGACCUACGCCGAGUGCAUUGUCAUGGGUUUGCCUAUUGGAUUUGACGCAUCCGUUUCUGGCAUGAAGGAGAAGCGCAUCUCCAUCGCCUUGGCCAUCCUCGAGGGCAGUCUUGCCGGCAUUGCAACCGCA